AUGGUUCGGCAAGACCCUCAUCAAGGUGGAAGCCUCUCUGAAAUGGCUCAAGGCACAUCUAUCCCCAAUGAUGCUGGCAAAAUGAAUACCAUCCCCUCAGUACCACGUCCAGACCAGCGCGCCGAGCAUUCCGGCUUUGAUAACGCCGGCAUCGCAGAGCCAUCAACAGCCAUGGCUGCCGAUAACACUACCGACUUGCCACGCUCGACCCGCGAUAUUGGUGAGUCUGGCGAGGUCAUAAGUGGCACAGGCAACUCCAUGCCAGCAGGCAUCGAGUCCAAACAUGCCUACAUGGGUGCAAACCACCACGCUGGCCAUGGUGAUACCCGCAAUCUCAAGCAAUCCAAGUAUGGACGGAGCGAAUAUGAGCGCUAUCAAGAGGAGUAA